AUGGCUUCGCGACCACGGCGGUCUGCCGCUGCAAGAGCAAACGAAUCCAUCUCUGUUCAUGCAAAAUGGGCUGACACAAGUGAAAGAAGUGACCGCAGCACAAUGGCCUCCCGCCGAUCCGGCCGUGCCUCUGGCGCAAGUGCCUUGAGAGACUUGCCGUCAUCCCCUGACGAGAGUGUCACCGUCAAGACUUCGUCCAGGGCAACUCGGGGAGCUAAUCGACGAAGUGACCGCUUCGACGGCGGUGAAAUUGUCCACGGCACGAGAAAUCGUGGAGGCAGGAAGAAUUAUGUAAUCGACUCCAGCCCGGAUGAUGAUGAGGAGGAGGAAGAGGAGGGGGAAGAGGAAGAUGCUGAAGGUGAGGACAUUGAAGAUGUCGACGCAGAUGCCGAAGGAGAAGAGAUGGAGGUCGACGCCGAAGGCGACGAUGUAGAUGCCGAAGGAGAGGAAGACGCCGAAGGGGACAUCAAUAUGGAUCUUCCGACUGGCCCACGGGCUGGUCAUACAAUCAGAGUUUCGCAGCCUGCUCCUAGGUCUGCCGCUAAAGCGGCUGCCUCCAAGAUGGCAGCUGAAGACGAGGAUGAUGAAGAAGACGAUGACGACGACGACGAUGAUGAGCUUAGCGACCCCAUGGAUAGUGACGAAGGAGACCAGACAAUGGCGUUUGGAGAUGAAACAAUGGCCGACGAGGACGCUGAAGGAGAAGAAAUAGAAGUUGCAGGUGAAGAUGACGAGGAGGAAGAGGAGGAGGAGGAGGAGGAGGAUGCAGAGGGUGAGGAAGUUGGCGAUGCUGAAGCUGAUAGUGAUGAGGGAACACGAGAGGGCACGCCUGAUCUCACCAAAAUGACAAAGCGUCAGAGGGCAAGAUUCGAAGAAGAGCCGCAAGAAUACAUGAAGCUUUCUGAUGAGGUUCAAGUGAAGAAACACUUUACCGCAGAGGAGCUUUCCAUGAGACGACAAGAAAUGGCCCGUCGUCGCCGUAAUCUCAGCGAGAAGCGAACCGAGGAAGUCAAAAUGGAAACUAUCAACAAACUUCUCAAGAAGCAAGCACCAAAAAUCAAUCGCAAAGCCGCCGCCGCUGCGGCGCGGGCUGACAGUCCUAGCGAAGAAACUCAGAAGGCCGAUCCUACACUUAUACGCUGGGUAAACAACAGGAGUGGAAGUAAACUAUCAGUGCCGGAAGAUAUCAUCGCGGGGCCAGCUGGCCAAGUCUUUUCAAAAGGCAAUAGUCUGGCAAGUGGAAAGAUGGUGCAAGAGGUUGCUUAA